CUAGACUAGAGCGAGUAGAUUUACACUGUGACUUAGAUCUAGUACUAGAGAGUAGAUCUACUUCUAGAGAUCUAGAUCUACUAUCUUCUAGUUUCUAGUCACGUCUAGUGUCUAAAUUUUAUAAUCGAGAACAUUGAAUGAUUGAACUUGAAGGACAGUGAUUGAGUGACAGUCCAUACGAAAGGUUUCUUCAAUUAUUGAUCACCAUGGCGACAUGUCUAGUUGAUAGUUCGCUCUGCAAACUCAAAUGGAACUAAAUGUAUCUGGUCAGUGGAACUGUCCUCUCUGCUCUGUUAACAAGCCUGGACUAAGGAUGCUAGUGUACCAGACACUAAAAUCAUGAUGUCCUUGAGAAAUUUCUGGCGUCGAAGCAUGGGUUCUGGUGAAGUUUAUAGAGCCCCAGAGAAAGAUGAGCACACUGUGGCUUGUGAAACUCUUCUGUCUGAGCUGGAAUACCACAUCAAAGAGUUAGACAGGUUGCGCCAGGCUCAGGAACAAGAGGAACGUCGACUCAGGACGGGUGUUGAUUACAGCUGGUUGAUGGAAUCACAUCCUAAGCUCUAUGAAAUACCACAGAUGGAAAGGCUUGAACUGGAGGAGCUCUGCUACAAGGUCACUGGCUCAGAGUGCACUCAGGUCAUCUCCCUGUUUCGGGAUGCAAUCGCACAAGGACCUUGUGUCGAGGACCUAGCUUACAUAAUGAGAUCAUGUGUGCGGAAGAUUCUAGAUGAACGACCUGUGCCGGAGACCUUGUCGGAGUGGGUCACCCGCCGCACACAGAGCAUCGCUAACUUUUCUAUUCUCAGGUUGAGGCCAACGGGCAAGGUCGUGCCGGCCUCAGAAGCAGAAGAUAUCGAAAUGCAGAACAAUGAAGUCCAUGAGAAAAAGUCUCGGGCAAUGAGCGUCCCAAACUUUUUAGUGCACAGGGAGGAAACAGCGUAUUCCGUCUAACCCAGAACUUAAUUCAAUAUUUCUUUGUGGAUUAUCUUCUUAGUUGGAAAAGAUGCAUUCACUGCUUUAGAGCUCUGAUUGUUCAAAUCUACAUAUUUUUUUAUUUUUUUUUUUAUUUUAGUGUUAUAAGUGUUGUAUGUAUGGUAUAUAUACUAAAUGAUCACUCCCAGACACAUUGGCAUCCUAUUUUAUUUUAAAUUCGUAACUCAGUAAUGGCUAGACAUAGAAAAAAUAAAGGAAAACAUCUGAAAAGUCCUUAGCUUAUCAUUCCUAUGUAUAUAUAAUGAUGAAAUAUGAAAUUCAUACUAGAACAGGGGUUCUCAACCUGUGGGUUGCGACCCCCUUGCUAUGUGUGUCUAGGGAAGGGGGGGGGGUCGCGGCAGAGUGGGAGAUUGUAAAAAGGGGUCGCCGAGCUUAAAAGGUUGAGAACCACUGUACUAGAAGGUAUUGGGAGGGUCUUGACAAUCAAAGCUCAUAUUUUUCAUGCUAAAUAUUGACUGGACAUUAUAGACUAUAGAUUCUAAUAAUUCCUCUUCUAAUUCCUUACUUAAAAUAACUCAGUUCUUUAUUAUAAAAUAUAGUUUAUCAUGGAUAGUAAAGACUGUUAUUAUUAUAAUCUAUUAGCACUUCACAUUUAAGGUCAAAGACUAAGUUGUCAUUCUUCUCCAAUUUGUGUCUGGGUUAAUGUCUUGCACCUAGAUGUAGUUUAUCCAUGAAAGUUUGUUAGCUUUAACUCUUGCACAUUGCACCCCCUGUCUCUCCUUCCAUUGACCACCAUAAAGUGUUGGCUUCACUACUACUAAUGCUUGUCAUUGUCACCUGCGCAGCUGCUGUUUAAACAGCUGAAUCAUUUUAUCUUAAAAGCAAAACAAACAAAAAAUAAUUCAAAAGGCUUUUGUCAAAAUCUAGACAUUUUAUAAACAUUUUUGACAUAUUUAUUUACAAUUUAUAAUUACAUAUUUGUAUUUAAUCAUUACAUAUUAAUAUACAUGCCAUAUUUCAUAUAUAUAUAUACGCCAAAGAUUAACAUAUUUACAUGCUGAUGUACAAGUAUUAGCAUUGGAAAGCUUUGUGUGCUUAGAUAUUAGAGAUUGGGGCAACUCCAAAUCUACAAGUUCUUCUUCAUUUAGUGAAGCACCUGGCAUCACAAAGAUCGCUUUAAAGGUUUAAAAUUAAAAGUCAACUUUCCCCUUUCAUACCUUGCGAUCCAUGGGGCAAAUGAUGUUAAGGUCCUCUGUUUCUUAGGCCAACGGUUAACGAGCAGGGUGUUAUGUGGCCAGCACAACGACCAACCGCCCUUUACUUUCUUCAGGUACCCAUUUGAGUUGGGUGGACUCAGGGGCGCCCUAAGAAUCCAGAAAUUCAAAAUCCCAGUCUUCACUGGGAUUCGAACCCAGAACCUCAGAUUCAGAAGCCAAGUGCUUAACCAUUCGACCACCGCGCCCCCUUUUAAAGUUUUGCUUAUUCUAUUUUCCUGCAUGCUUUGCAAUUUUCAUUUUUACAUUCAUUUUUGUGUUAUAUGUAUCUGGGAGUGAUCAAGUACUACGUUAGUGUUAGCAGAUUGUUUUAUUGGCUGUUGUUUAUUCCAUUUUUGUAAACAUGUCCAAACUUUCUGCUGAUUAAUUAUUUUAUAAAUCACAGGAUCAGAUUUGUUCCCUUUAUACUUUCAAAUUACACAAGAACCAACAGUUGAUCCCCCUCUUGUCAACUAAAACAUUGCUGAUACUUUUGUGUAUUCACAAACAGCCAACUUUGAAAUGAUCUUUUUAAAACUAUUUGAUAAUUCAAAACAUUUACAAAUAUUAAUUAAACAAUUGCUCAAAGCAAGACAAAUACUCAGGAAGAUAUUUCUGUUCAGAUAUGUUAAGAAAAGAAACAUGUACCAUUAAUUUGAGACCUGAUGUUCAGUCCCAUGGUCUCAUAAUGCUUUUUAGUCACAAUGACAUUUCAUGACUUCAGCACAUUCCUCAUGAUGUCCAUGGAGAUGGGUGCCAUUUUUUUUUUAAAGUAAAAUUUUAGAAUUCUGCUUUUAAGUUUUUAACAGAAAGGAAAGAUUAUUUUAAAGAGUUGUCUGAAUAUUUAAUUUUUUAUUAAUUUUAUGUAUUGGUCACGUGGUAUGUUCUCCAAACUGUGUUCACAAUAGUCCCAGGUUCAAACCCUGCUCCUUGCCAUCCCCUGCUUUGCUGCAUUGCAGGAGGUUUGGACUGGGACUUUAUCAUCUGCAUUUCUGAAUUUACAUCUAAAACUAAAAGUCAAAAAUUGUGAGUGCUACUUAAGGUUAAACUUUUUAAAAAAUUUACAAAGAGCCACAUUUGAGCCUUUUGCCUUUAUUUUUGUUUGGUUUUUAUUUAUUUAUUUAUUUUUUUUUUUUCGAAAUUAAUGAUACCAGUAAUUAUUUUUGUCACUUCCUCCUUGAAUCCGUUCAUUUUUUUUUUUCCUAAUUUGAAGCAAUAGCCUUCAGUAAGGACUGAAUACUGAACCAGUUAACUAUGACAAUAGUUUUCAAAGAACCUGGAUUUGGGUAGAUCGUUUCUAGUAAUAAGAGAGAAAUUGUUUUCUAUAGGAUGUAGAAGAUUUGUUGGUUACUGAACCUGAACCCUGAUGAUUCUUUUUAUUCCUUUUUUUGUUUAUAUUAUGAACAAUUCAAAGGGCAUUCACCAAACUGUUUUAUAAGAGCUUUUCAUGACAGUGUAUUUUUAAAGAUAUAGCACAUUUUUUGGUAUUCACGCCAUUGUUUCUUAAACUGUGUUCCGCAGAACCUAAGUGUUCUGCGAUGCCUGAAUAGAUGUUUUAUGAACUACUUUAAUAAUUAACUAAUAGACCACCACAUGAAUUUAUCUCUCUAAAUAUAAUACAUAAGCAAAUACUCAGAAUGUGCGAAGUGUUCGGUCAAACAAAAAGUUUGGGAAACACUGAUGUAAGCUGUUUUCUUUUCUUGUAUUUUAUUUCAUGGCAGCUCUCAAGCUUUCUUUUCUAUUUAAUAUAUUUUUCAUUUUUAUCUGAUGUAUAGUUUUUUCUUUUCAAGUUGCUUUUUUAUAGUACUAAUGGCAUUGUCUUGAUUAAGGAUGAGUGCAGUGUUUCACAUGACUACGCAGACCCUGGGUGAACUAGAUAUUUUUCCACGUCUGUCCUUCUUCACCUAUCUCUUCAUUGUCGAUGUAUCUCAUUGGUACUUUAUUUUUACACUAUUACUUACUUAGAUUUUGGUCCUCACAUGCCAAUUUGGCGCAUAGGUCGUCAAGUCUCUCCACAGAAAUGGAUCAUAGGUGACCAAUCGUCAUAGAAAGCCUGAACACUGACCUGCAACGUCCUAAACCUGUUUUCACUGUUAUGCCAGAAAAAAAAAUGUUUUUGUUGAUCUGAUUACAAUUCAGCCAAAACUUUGAAUGUCAUCUGACCUACUCAAAUACUUUUAUGUGAGCAUAUUUUAAAAUACUUUCAAAUACCUUUACACAGGUAAGCAGCAAGAGAGGGGAUAGAAAUAUCAGUAAGAUCAGCCCCAUUUAGAAAUAAAUGUGAUAAGGAAAAUGUAGAUAGUAAUGGUGUGUUCCAAAAAGGCUAUCGCUAAAUAAUGGCUUUUUAUGAAAACAAAAAUAAAGUUAACACCUUGGUCAUUGUUUUUUGACGUGCCUGGAAAAUGUAUUCCCUGCGUCAGGUAUUUGUAUGUAAAGCCAUCCUGAUGGUGAAUGUGAUGUUAUAGUUAACAUGAUAUUGUUUCUAUUUGUCGUUUUAUCUUCAUAAGACUAAAUGGCACUUUUGUGUGAAAUAUUUUAGAUAUAUGUUAUACUUCAACACAUCCAUCAUCACUGUUUGUAUUAGAUACAUUAGAUAUCAUGACAAUGGAAAUUAUCACAGAAUGUCUUCUUUUGAUAUGUUCUGCUGUACAUAAAUUAAUUUUUUUUUCGUUUUCAAAUAAUCAAAUAUUCAAUUUCGCAUUUUUUGUUAGCAUUUAACUUUAUUUUGGAUUCCAUCCAUUGAACUGCAUAAUAAUUGAUCUUAUUGUUGACACUGAUACAACCAAAGCUGUGAGCCUAACUGUCUUCUCAACUUGCAUUUUAUUGUGUGAUCACAUUUCAAAAUGUUUUUGUGAAAACUUAUCUCCCUUUUGUUUAUUUAUAUUUAAUUUUUUUUUACUGUACAGUGUUAUUAUUUUAAUUUGUGUUUUAUUUGUGCAGUAUUAGAAGAAAAUAUUGAUGUAAAUAUUUUCAGAGUUAAAGUAGCUAAGUUAAUUGACAUAAAUUAUUGUGACAGUCUCUUGUUUUUUUUUUUAAAUAUUUUUAUUAAAGUAAGUUUGUUGAUCCGUCAGAGAUUUUAAUAAAUAUUUAGCUAAGGUUCUGGUCAUUAAUCACUGGCAAUAAUUUGCAUCUAUCUGAUAUAUUUAUUAUAAGUUGAUAUAAAUCAGGAUAUAAAGUCAGCGGCUCAUAAUCUUAAGUAUCUACUAUUGAAAGUUGACUGAUUACAACUAUUGAUUAAAGAAUGAACUAAUA